GGGUCAGACAUGGCUGAGUUUGCCCUGGCCAGAGGAAGUGCGGUCCCCCAGAAGCCUCCCAGGAAGCAGCCCGGGCAGGAGCAUCUCCCCAGAGAGGUGGCCCCCGAGGAUCCUGGCAGGAGCCUGGCAUGACCUCCCCUCCAUCCACAGGAGGGGUGGAGAGUCACCGUCUCCACCCACAGAUUGGGCCCCAGAGGAAACACCUGGACGGGAAGUGCCGAAGCCCUGCUCUCGGGCCCCAGUCCAGCACCGCCUCCCCCGACCAACACACUCCCACCCACGCAGGCAGACCCUUCCGUGGCGGGGGACCGUGCGAUGGGGACAGUCCAUGUCGCCCUGUCCUCGGCCCCACCCGGGGAGCCACGGCUGUUCCCAGCCCGGGCUCUGCCAUCAGCCCCGAAAUGAUGGUGUCGGGUGCCCUGAACGCCGAACUGGGCAGCCCUGUGCUGUGACGGGUCACGGGACUACUGUCGCCUUCGGAGGAGCCGUGGGGGCACAGGAGCCCCACCUGAGCUGCUGGGCAGCCCUGUUCUUCUCUCUCAAACCUAACUCUCUUCUUCUCUUUCCCUGUCUCCAUGUCUGUCCCUCCCACUGUCUGUCUGGCUCUCUUUCCCCCCGCUGGGGCUACAGAACCGCAUGCACGAGUCUCUCAUGCUCUUCGACUCCAUCUGUAACAACAAGUUCUUCAUCGAUACCUCCAUCAUUCUCUUCCUCAACAAGAAAGAUCUCUUUGGUGAGAAGAUCAAGAAGUCACCUUUGACCAUCUGCUUUCCUGAAUACACAGGCCCCAACACCUAUGAGGACGCGGCCGCCUACAUCCAAGCACAAUUUGAAAGCAAAAACCGCUCACCCAACAAAGAAAUUUAUUGUCACAUGACUUGUGCCACAGACACGAAUAAUAUCCAGGUGGUAUUCGACGCUGUCACCGACAUCAUCAUUGCCAACAACCUCCGGGGCUGCGGCUUGUACUGACCUCUUGUCCUGUAUAGCAACCUAUUUGACUGCUUCACGGACUCUUUGCUGUUGACGUUGAUCUCCUGGUAGCAUGACCUUUUGGCCUUUGUAAGACACAGCCUUUCUGUAUCAAGCCCCUGUCCAACCUACGACCCCAGAGUGACUGACGGCUGUGUAUUUCUGUAGAAUGCUGUAGAAUCUGGUUUUAGUUGAGUCUUUACAUUUAGAAUUUGAAAGGAAAAAAGAAAAGAACAUUUCUCAUGUGCUUUGUAGCUUAAAAAAAAAAAAGGAAAAAGGAAAACUCACCAUUUCAUCCAUAUUUGUCUUUUUUUUCUUUUCUUUUCUUUUUUUGGAAAUAAAGCAGCAUACACAUCUGCACCCGCACCGCGCCCCCCCCCCACCCCUGCCUGCCACCUCUAUCCCCAGCAUAGAGGGGCCCCCAGUGCACCCGCAGAGCCACCCCUCCUGGGGGCUUGGGUCCCAGGGGAGUGUGUUCAGGUGGCGCUUCCCAGGGUGCCCCCCACCCCCAUGCCCUGCCCACCACCUGCUCCCUCCAGGUUUGCAUAGGAAAAGCACAGCUCUGACUGGCCAGUAGCUGCCAAAGAGUACCGAACAAACAUAUAUAAAUAGAGCCCUUACAGACAACAAUUUUCCCACAACCUCCUUUCUACAGAUUCCCUUUAUGAUUUUUCGUUAUUGUUUCCAUUUUUGUUUUUAUUUGUGUCCCAAAGAGCACGAUGUAUCACAUACCGGCUCAGCUCUCAUAGUCUGGGAAACGGGGUUGUGGAUUUUUUUUUUCCUCUGACACUUUUGCUUCUCAGUCUCUCAGAGACUGUGUGUGCGCCCCUCUCCGCCUUUUCCUUUGUUUCAGUGACCUGUGUCCGCUCCUUCUCAUGUGGGGAUGUUUGUGCUGCAGAUAAAAAGAACAAAAACAAACAAAAAAAAUUUUUAAAUACCAUGAGAUGGAAAAAACAAAAAAAAAAUUUUAAAAACAGGUGGAAUGUAGUGUUUACACGAAAGCCAGUUUUCAUGAUCAGUCCUAUGUCAUUUCUACUUUGACUAGUAUCCAAACCCCAAACCUCUUCACGGUGUCACUUUUAAGACUUACUAUUUGCUGAAGAAGACCAGUCACGGCCAUUUCAGAUAAAGAGGAGGUGAAAAGACAAAACACACAAAAAAAUCAAAAAUAUGGAAAAAAAAAAAAACUUGAAAAAAAAGGAAAAAAGAAAAAAAAAAAAAGCCCACGGGUCUUUCUAAGCCUUUCUAUUCCCAAUCGGUGAGGUUUCUGUGAUAUCUUACACACUGCCAGUCUACUUCUCUGACUAAUGGAAAAUUCAUGUGUAGCUCAAUAAAGAGAAUGUUUGUCUGUAUUCUGAGUCUCUCACCCUCGGGCUUCAUUCUGACAGGAGGGGAAGGAAGGGUUUGACUGGGCCACAGACACUGGGGAGGCUGGCGGGUAGGGCUGUAGGUACCAGAUAAGGACCUUCUCCCCCCCCC